AAUUCAGGAUGAGGCGGGCGCAACCGCACUAGAGGGGGAAGUCAAGUCGUGCGGGACUAGCGCGAUCUCCUCGCACUUAUUUCAAAUAAAAGGAAAGGAACCAAACCCUCAAACAAUCAUGCUUCUAAAAUAAUGCAACAUGUCGAUCGGAUAUUUGCGAGGCAUGGCUUUCGUUUUGACGAGCUUAUUUCUGUUUUGUGCGAGUAGAGUUUGCGAGACCCAGCACAGUGAUACCAAUAUCUAUUUGGAUAAUAUCACGCGUAUAUUGGAUAGAUUACUGGAUGGUUAUGACAACAGGCUGCGACCUGGAUUUGGAGGUCCUGUCACAGAGGUCAAAACUGACAUCUUUGUCACCAGCUUUGGACCUGUUUCAGACGUAGAGAUGGAGUACACCAUGGACGUGUUCUUUCGUCAGACAUGGAUUGAUGAGCGGCUCAAAUUCGAAGGCCCAAUCGAGAUCCUGCGGCUAAACAACCUUAUGGUCAGCAAAAUCUGGACCCCCGACACAUUUUUCCGGAAUGGCAAGAGGUCAAUUUCUCACAACAUGACCACUCCAAACAAGCUGUUCCGCAUCAUGCAAAACGGAACCAUCCUCUACACCAUGAGAUUAACUAUAAAUGCAGAGUGCCCAAUGCGUCUCAUGAACUUCCCAAUGGAUGGCCAUGCCUGCCCACUCAAAUUUGGGAGCUAUGCUUACCCCAUCAGUGAGAUUGUGUACACGUGGAAGAAAGGACCUCUGUCUUCUGUUGAAGUGCCACAGGAAUCUUCCAGCUUGUUGCAAUAUGACCUUAUUGGCCAGACAGUAUCAAGCGAGAGGCUGAAGUCUAACACAGGUGAAUAUGCCAUAAUGACUGUCCACUUCCAUCUUCAAAGAAAAAUGGGCUUCUUCCUGAUUCAGACCUACAUUCCCUGCAUAAUGACUGUCAUCCUGGCACAAGUUUCCUUCUGGAUAAAUAAGGAAUCAGUUCCAGCCAGAACUGUAUUUGGUAUCACCACUGUCCUGACCAUGACGACAUUAAGUAUCAGUGCAAGGCACUCCCUUCCAAAAGUCUCCUAUGCCACAGCAAUGGAUUGGUUCAUAGCUGUCUGCUUUGCCUUUGUCUUCUCUGCCCUCAUUGAGUUUGCGGCUGUCAACUACUUUUCAACACUCCAGGCCAACCGAGAGCUGCGGAAGGCAGCAGCCAUAAAAGCAGCGGCUCAAGAGGCAGCAGCUGCAGCCGUGGCUCCAACAGCAAGCACUGAGGGAGACGUUUCAUCAGUGGAUGCCAGUAGUGUAUUAAAGAAGAGGAUGAACUCUGCACCAGUUUUUGACCGCCCUGCAAAAACGUUUCCAAACCCUCCUGUCAAUGCCCAAGCUUUCCUACAGCAAGGCUCAGCAGUACCGGCCAACAAUGUUCUGACAGGCACCAGCAUCAUUGACAAAUACUCACGCAUCCUCUUUCCCCUUUCGUUUGGUGCCUUUAACCUGGUCUACUGGAUUGUCUAUCUCACCAAGGACACCAUGGAGAUGUCAAGGGAUACCGUCUAAGAUUAUGUCUUCCUGGAGAAUAGGAAUGAAGAAUAAUAAUACCUGAACACUCAACACAUUCUCACCCCCCACACACACACACACACACACACACACACAUCUUCGCACAUUAGGAUCAAUGACAGAUGCUUGCCAAGAACUGUUUUAUGCAGCCUCAGUGCAUUCUAUUUCUUUUUAAGUACUCACAUGGAAAGUAAAUCUUUUGAGAGCAGAUGUACCAACUCCAACUGCCAACUUGACCAGGGAGCUCAAAGCCAUGUGGGGCUGCAAGUACUGGAUCCAUUUCAAACAACGACUACUCUCAUUUUUUUAUUUAAUUUAUCUUAAUGUUAAGGGAAAAAAUAAAUAGUUAUAUGUUAGGACUAUUUUAAUGUGUAUAUCUGUCUUGUAUGCUUUGCCAAAGUUUAUUAGACAUCACCUGAAAUGACCAAUAUUGACACAGAGCUUCUCUGUCGGAUGUAUUCAUUUACUUUUUUCUAUAUUAAAUAUCCAUGCACUUUUUUACAGGUGUUCUUUUUUUUAUGACAAAUUCCCUUUCAUGAUGAUUAAAUGACACUGAUAGUAAGAAUGUAUUCCUGAUUGUCCUAGCUAAAUUCAUUGUGGAAAGAACUGGCAAGAAAAUAAUUCCUGCUAGUUCUUCCCAGUCUGUUUUUUUUUUUUUUUUAACUCGCUCCCAAAACACUAUUUUUUUGUUUGUUGGCUUAAUAUCAGUCUUCGCACAGGCUCUCAGGACGUGAAGCAAAAUCUUCAAAGAUGUGUUCUAGUUACAUUUUUGGUCUGCUGUAUUAUUCAAGCACAUGCAAGUGGAAAAAUAUGUAAAUGCAAUGAACAAAUUAGGUACUCCGAUCAAAACACAUGAACAUACAAAAAAAAUCUAACUGUUCAGAUUUCCAUUUCCUCAACAGUGCCUUGUAAAAGCAUUCACACUGCUUGACCAUUUUCUUCGUCUCUAUCGCUAUGUCACUAGCAACCACGAACUGUUUUGUGAUUGACGCAACACAAAGCAGUGCAUAAAUAUGCAGUACAUGUCAAAGGAAACAUGGUUUUCAGUUGUUGUUGUUGUUUUUAUUUUAUUUAUUUAUUUAUUUUUUACAAAUAAAGAAUGUGAAAACUGUGGUUCAAUACUUAAAUACUUUGUAGAACCACCUUUUACUGCUGCCGGUCUUUUGGGAUACAUCUCUGCUAGCUUUGCAGAUCUAGUGUAUAAAAUGUAUGGUCAUUCUAAAUUGUUAGAUUUAGAAACAGAUUUAAAGUGUUUAUUUAGAGGUGUUAGAUUAAAAGAAGCACAUGACAUAUGCAAACUUCACUUUUUAAAUAUUUGAAAAACUAAUCAAAACCAUGUGUCUUUUUCCUUUGACAUCACAAUUAGGCACUGCUUUAUUUUGUUUUUCAUAGAAUCCAUAUUUGGGAAUAUGAAAAUGACAAAAUCUGAAAAAGGUCAAGAGAUAUGAAUAGCUUUGUGAGGCCCUGUAUAUCACAUGUCUCAUAUUUGCUACAAAGAGAUUUUAAUUUCUUUUAGCUUUAUAGGCAUCCAUUAAACAACUGAAUCUGAGUGGGUACCCUUUUGCUUUUUUUUUUACUCGUUCCUAGUCACUUCUUAGAUGACAUUCCUGAACAGUACAGGUUGAAAACAUGAAUUUGAAAAAGAAAAAAGAUUUUUUAGAGGGAUAAACUUGCUUGCGUAAAUUAAUGCAAAUACUGCUGGACAUAAAUCACUUUUGUCACUUUUUUUCCUUCUUCUAAUUCGCCCUCAAUUUGCUCUUUUUAAGACACAGAGGUGUGGUUUUGAACAUUUAAACUAACCCUGGAUUUAAAAAGAAUCUUUCAGUGAAAAUCUGUCUUAUCUUAUUGAACUGAAAAAAGAAAAACUGCAUAAAGUUCAGUCUUUAAUCAACACUUCUUGUGAAUGUGUCACUGUAUUGCACUCUUCUGCUGUGAAGCCUUUCUUUGGUCUCAUUAAAUAAUUCAUUAACUAACACCCUAAUUGUUGUAAAGCUGCUAUAAAGAGUGUUUGCCUUUUGAGGAAAGGAAAGAAAUGAAAGUUUAUCAAUUAAUGUUCAGUUAUAUCUUUAGUUGCUGCCAUCUAAUAUACUAAGGAGCCUGGCAAUAACCCUUUAUUCAUUAAGGGGGAAAAAAAAAUCAUCUUUUAACAAUCAACACUCCUUUCUUCUUUACUGUUUCUGUUCAUUGUUGUAUUUUAAUUAAAGUUAAAUGAUUCCCUUUGUGGCUAGCAAUUAUUUCUCCAGACAACAAUUUAUUGGGAUUAUAAAAGAAAAAGCAACAAAAACCAGAACGUUAAAUAUAUUAUCACCAUUUAUACAAAAUACAGAAAUAAAAUGUAUUUAGAAUUCUUGUAUGGAUUUUUAUAUUGUUAGCCACUGCUUCUUACUGAAGAGGCUGACAUUGUAAAAGCCAUGUAGUCUAAGUAUAAAGAUAGUGUGUUUAGUUUAUAAUUGCAUUCAUCACCCAGAAAUGUGUUCACAUUAAACAUAUUAACAGGGGUGCCCUUUAAAUGAAUAAAUAAAUAAAGAACAACAGCCAAAGGAGUGGAAAACUUGACAAUGAUCUCCUGUGAAAUCAAAUGCAAUUUUUUUAACACACCUGCGUACCCCUUGGUUGUGAAUGUUUUCAGUAUGAGUUGUUUUAAAUGGGUAAAACAGGGUUUUCCAUCCUUCUAGCUCGUAGCAUUCCAUUGUCCUGAAGAUUUCCUCAUGUUUUAACAAACCAACACAAAUAUAUAAUAUUGAUAUGCAAGGAUUGUAUUGACUGGUUAUGAUUUCAUUAACCCUGACUUCAAAAUUAAAAAUAUCCCUGGAAUAUUGAAUUAAUAUACACAAACAUUAUGUGUAACUAUGGAUCUACGCCUUGAAUAGGUGUCAGUAUAAUAAGUCUUCCUGUUGCUUGUAUUUUUCUUCUUUCAAGUGUACAUUAAAGGCCUAAACAGUUGUGUCAGCCUGCAAGAACUGUUUCUUCUGUUUAUGUUCUUCAUCACCUUCCUGCACGCUCUCUUUAGGGCAGAAGUUGCAUUUUGCCCUGUUGUUCCAUGCAUCAGGUUGUACAAUGAGAAAACCUCGUUGACUGUGAACUUAUACUCUCUACUGGACAACAUUAGACUGACAGAUUAGACUCAAUGAGGCCUCCAAUUACUACAAGAUGCUUAGUCACCUUUAGUCAAACAGCCAGGCAUAUCAAAAGCGUUUUGAGUUUACAUAUGUUUACAUAUGGUUUUUUUUGUGUGUGUGAGUUUACUCUUUCCAUAUAAAUGAGCAUGUUUAAUUUUAUUAGUAAACCAAACCAUCUGCCCUUUGAUCCAAGCCUAGCUGCUCAGCUCCACCACACCACUGCAAGAGCUUCACUUGCAUGUCUUCUUUAUACAGAUUUUUAGGUCUGUCAACAUAGUUGCGAAAUCAAGGAAUAGAAAAAUAUUGUGGUGAAUUUGACCACCAAAUGACGUUUUUUCUUAAGUCAUUAAGCAUGUACUUUGUUGAUUCUUUGACUUAGUGUUAAUUCAUGUCUUAUUUUUUGUCUUUUUUUUAUACUGUUUGCCUAAAGAUUAUGGCUUAAGACAAUGAAUGCUGUGUUUUUGUGCUUUUUUUGUGAGCAUAAUUAGGUAUUUUCAUAGAUUUGCAUUCCCAUUCUAUGAUCCUGUUUGAUGAUUAGCUGUAUUACCCAAUUUACUUGUUUAAACAAGAAAUGGCAGCUUUACCAUUUACCCAUUUACAUUGUUUGUUGAGCACUUUUCUCCCAAACAAUUUAAUUGUCAUUUUUCUUUUUUGAUGUACCAAAUAAUGUAUGCAGUUUCAGGUCUGCAAAGCCCUGUUAAUAAAUGAACUUGCACCCAGUUUUCCCACAACAUUGUAUAUACUAACAUGUUCAAUAAAACCAGAUUAUGUAAA